AUGGUCCGCAACAGGAAGCAGUCGGUGCCCGGGACCUCGGCGGCGGAAUCCCCCCGACGCUGCACAGGCUUGAUGGACGGGUACAUCGCCUCACAACCGGAGCCGCAAGACAUGCGGCCGACAUCCAAGAUGGCGCCCACCUCACCGGACCGCGAAAGAGCUGAGGCACACCAGACUGAGGGAGACCACCAAAAUGAGCUGGCCCUGAUAAGGGCAGAACUAGCCCAGAUUUCAUCUAGGAUGCUGACAAAGGAUGACACUGGCAAGCUAGCCCAGGAAAUACGUGCAGCCCUCCGUGAAGAGCUGACAGGCCUGCGCACAGACCUGACAGCGCUGGAGGAGAGGGUAGAUGAGAUGGAGACAGUGGCACAGGAGUGCAGCCAGCAGCACCACGCCACAGAGACAGCGAUCACUAGCCAAGGUACCCUACUGCUGACCCUCAGAUGGCAAGUUGAGGAUUUGGAGCUAAACAAGGCUCUACAUGGGUAA